GAAUGUGUAUUUCUUUCCUGUAGAGCCUCUGUUAUGCACCUAAAGCCAUACUGGAAACUCCAGAAGAAAGCACGACCUCUGGAAAUCAGCAAGGAAACUCUGAGAACUCCUCUGAGCCCCCAGGAGGCUAUAACUGAUGAAACAUGCAAAGCUGGCUGCAUGAAACCUAGUGUCUUUCCUUCAACCUCUCUUGGGAAAGCAUCAUCUCGAAAGCCUUCUGGGAUCCUUGCUCCAAAUGUUCUGUGCAGUAUGAGUGGGAAGAGUCCUGUAGAGAGCAGCUUGAAUGUUAAAACCAAGAAGAAUGCACCAUCUGCAACGAUCCACCAGGCCGAAGAGGGGGAAGGGCCACUUGAUAUCGGGGCUGUUGUGAAACCGGGAAAUACCAAGGAGAAAAUUGCAUUCUUUGCAGCCCACCAGUGUAGCAAUAGGAUAGGAUCUAUGAAAAUAAAGAGCUCCUGGGAUAUUGAUGGGAGAGCUACUAAAAGAAGGAAGAAAUCAGGGGAUCUUAAAAAAGCCAAGAUACACUUAGAAAGGAUGAGGGAAGUCAGCAGCAGCAGGUGCUGCCAGCCUGAGCCUUUUGCAUGCGGCAUCGAGCACUGUUCUGUGCAUUAUGUGAGUGACAGUGUGGACGGCUUCUCUGCUGGGAGGCCUCUGUCUGUCAUACAGAUGGUUGCCUUCCUCGAGCAAAGAGCCAGUGCUCUGCUAGCCAGUUGUUCGAAAACCUGCACUAGCUCGUCUGCUGUGGGGAGGUUUUCUGGGCAAUCCAGAGGUGUGCCCCCAGCCACGGAGCCCUUCUCUGCCCCAGGAGAAUGUGGGGAACCCAGGGAAAGGGGAAAUCCUGAGGUUGGUGAACCACAGAGUGAGCCAGUUCGUGUCCUCGACAUGGUAGCCAGGCUGGAGUCUGAGUGCCUGAAGCGGCAGAGCCAGCGUGAGCCUGGAACCCUCUCCAGGAAUAACAGCUUCCGGCGCAACGUGGGCCGUGUGUUGCUUGCAAAUGGCACUCAGGCUAAUGAAAGCAAAACACACAAAGGUGCUGUGGAGGCAGCUGGCACUCAGGUGAAUCUUGUGGUGUCUGUGUCUGUCGAUUGUGGCGCCGCAGGAGCUGACCAUGGUUCUCCUAAAGGGGACCGGGCCUGGGCCAGGGCUCCUCGGGGCUGUCCCUCACUGCCAGCAGGGGUGCCUUUCCACACGGGCAGUGCAGAUUUAGAGCCAGAUCAGCAAACCGCCAUGAAAAGCAGCAAUAGAUUUGAUGUGGAAAUGACAGAGGAGCUUGCUCGGUCACCUUUCCCUCACACCUGUCCUCAAGCCAUUGAAUUGCCCGCAGAUGCCACUGAUUGUAUGAGUAGAGCGCUUGUGCCGCCUUCUAGCCAGAGUCUUGACCAGAGAAGAAAAGAAUCUUUGUGCAUUAGUAUCACUGUGUCCAAGGUAGAAAAAGACCAGCCUUCUCCUUUAAAGUCCUGUGAAGACCCAAUUCCAGGGAUGUUGUUCUUCUUGCCGCCCGGGCAGCACCAGUUGGACUGUUCACAGCUGAAUGAAGGCACAAGCGAGUCCCCCGAGGCCAGCCAGCUUGAAGAUGCUGCUGAGGGUGGCAGUGCAUCUGAGGAGAAGAGGGUUUCAGCUGAGUCAUUUCUCCCGCUAGCCUCUCCAGUGCAAAGUACAUUAACAGUGCUCGAGGCAUCCAGUUGGAAGAAGCAGGUAUCUCAUGACUUUCUAGAGACCAGGUUUAAAAUCCAGCAGCUUCUGGAGCCUCAGCAGUACAUGGCCUUUCUGCCCCACCACAUUAUGGUGAAAAUCUUCAGGUUACUUCCCACCAAGAGUUUAGUGGCUCUUAAAUGUACCUGCUGCUAUUUCAAGUUCAUCAUUGAAUACUACAACAUCAGGCCAGCAGAUUCUCGCUGGGUUCGAGAUCCACGCUACAGAGAGGAUCCUUGCAAGCAGUGCAAGAAAAAAUAUGUGAAAGGGGAUGUGUCCCUGUGCCGGUGGCACCCCAAGCCCUAUUGCCAGGCAUUGCCCUAUGGGCCAGGGUACUGGAUGUGCUGCCACCGCUCUCAGAAGGGCUUCCCUGGCUGUAAGCUGGGGCUUCACGACAAUCACUGGGUCCCUGCUUGCCACAGCUUCAAUCGGGCAAUCCACAAGAAAGCCAAAGGGACUGAAACCGAAGAGGAGUACUAAAGUCUCUGUGAGAGGCGCCAAAAGGACUGAGUUUUAAAACUGCUAAACCACCACCCGGAGAUCCCAUUCAAGUGAAUGUUGCCUCUCUAGGAGAAUCUGCACCUACUCCCUCAGGACUGCCAUUGCUGAGGCAUUUUUUUAAACUCUUAAUUUACAAGCUGUACAAGAAAAUUGGUCUCGUUAUCUAUAGUGGCGCCUCACAUUUGAUCCAGGGUGGAAUCCCACAGUUUGAGUCACUGGGCUGUGAAUAACUAAGUCUGUUUUCCCAAAUCAAAUCCAUCCUCAAAGGACAAAGACUUGCCCCCAUAAGGACAUCCACAAGAGUUCAUAAAAGACUAUGCAGGCAGUCCCCCAAAAGGGGUUCCAAAAAUGUUUCAGAGCACUGGCACCACAGUGCCCUGUGAAAAGAAGAGCAGCCCUUUUGGAUGAAAAGUCUGCUUACAAAGGAAAAGUCAGGCACCUUACCCUAGACCUCGUAUGCUGAUCUGUGAGACUGAUGUUUGUGGUUGGAGGUGAUUUCUUGCCCUGUGGUGUUUACAGUGUAUAUAAUGGUUGUGUUUUCAUAGGGCGAUGAAAGUGCACAGUGAACCCGAGCGCCUUUACCUGAGAUGAGUGCUUUUGGCCCCUCUGUAAAUGACACUAUUAAAAUCCAGUUGUAUAUAGUGGACGGCUGACUAAACAAAAUCACCACAACGCAGCUAGGAUAGUGUUGCGGCUAUAGUUGUGUGUUUUUUUAUUGUCUUGUCUCAAAUUUGUACAUCCUGUAUAAAAUAUGAAUGUUUUCCAAAUAAACUAUGAAUGUUUCCUGUAUAAUAUAUGAAUGUUUCUGAGAAGAAACUCUAAAUAUAGUUAAGAAGUUAAUGUGUUGAAAAGAUACCAAAUGUUUUAACUGGACAACCUUAGAAUUAGCAUAGAGAACAAUCCUUUGUUAUAUUUUAGUGAUCCACCAAGAAUGAGAGAAUAUUAUAUAGUCAGAUUAUAACAUUCUUCUCUAUUUUAUUCUUUGUCUGGUUACAAAUUUUUUUAAACCUCAAUAAAAACAUGCAUAUUAAAUGGGACCUGA